AUGGCCAAUGCCAGCGUCCUCCUCUCCCCUUCUGCCCUGGAGGUCACCCACUUCAUCUAUCUAUGUUCUCAACGAACUAUUCCCCUUGUCUUCCUUGUCAACGUCUCGGGGUAUACGGUCGGGGAGAAGGCGGAGAGAGGUGGGAUAGCCAAAGAUGGGGCCAAAGUGGUUAGAGCGGUAGCACGAGCCAAAGUUCCGAAGUUUACCGUGGUCGUAGGAGGUAGCUAUGAAGCUGUGAACUACGUACUACCCUCGAUUUCUAUGGAUGUGGCCCAAUACAAAAAUAUGCGUCAUGGACCAAACCAAUUAUCAUCAGUCAUACAGACUGUGUCGAGUAAGCGUGGGUCAUACACGGAUGAGAAGAAAGAAGAUAGGUAUCAAGAGUUGAGAGAGAAGAUCGAGCGGCAGAAUUCGGCUUUAUGUUUCACCGCUAGAAUCUGGGUAGGUGCAUGGAUGACGGGAUCAUCGCUCGGUCUGGUAGGGGAUAUACUUGGCCUAGGUCUUGAGCUCGCACUGGAGGAAGAAGCGACAUGUCCGAUUGAUCAUGGAGAGUGGGUGAUUGGGGUGUAUCUAGGAUGUGACAUACAUCAUGCUUCUUCCUCCUGCCCGGCAUGUAUAUGUAUGCGCAGUUAUACCGGUAAAGUGCCACGUACGUCUCAACGACCAGACAGGGAAGAAGUCGUUUGGAAAUUUGGGGAUCAACAAGUCAACAAUACCUCGUGA